UCCAGAUUUUGACUGGAUCCUACCUUCACCUCAACGUACUCCAUCCCUCUGCUUGGUCUUGGGUCUGUUCUUUGCCUGCGCUGCUUGUCGGUAUUCUAGUUUUUACCGGUUACCUUGAGGCGAGCAGGGUCCGGUACUGCGCUGCCAAAAAUACAAAGACGCUUCCGAAUCUGGUGCAAUGAAUUUGACUGCAUGACUGCAUUGUCUAUUGGAACAGGUAGCAGUGUUCCAGAAAAUAGGAAAAAACUCCCACUCGCAUAACCAUGUUCCCGGGUCUCCGAGAACUAACGGCAGCCUCGUGUUCACCGCGUUUUCUCAAGCUGAUAUCUAUCGAUACUUGAUUUCUCCUCACCAACCUCGUCUCGAUGGGCUCUUACGACGAUUACAAUCGCCAUGGGGGAUUUUAUCGUCCUGUCAAGGACUUGUUGACCCCUUGGACGCCAUCACCUCUUAGGCCAGCUGUGCCUUUGCCUUCUGAACAAUCACCCCAAACACCUUUGAAGAUCCCUCCGGUACCGCCAUAUAUUAUCAAAACACGUUACUAUGACGUGAGAGCUCAUGAGCGCAGCUGGCUCGUUCGUAUGAUUAGACAUAUAUUGCGACUCGACUACAAAGUCGUUAAACGAAAAAUUCCCAUGUACCACCCCUUGGAGCUCGAUCCGCCAGCACCAAAGCACCCUUCUGUUCCUUUAUCCGAUUGGAAAGCAUGGGGAUACUACGCUUGGCCCAACGUUAACGGCGGAUUUGUCUGCAACCAAUCCCCAGCUCCCCAGAUAUCGGUGGAAAUUGACCCGAUAGAAAUGUACAAUGCGCUACAGAGUUCUAAGGGUGGGCACCAUCCCGAGCGAUGGAUCCCAGGUCAGCGACUUCCCGGGCUCCCUCCUCGACCGACGAGGUGGAAACGGCCCCAACGAGGUGCACCACUUCCCUUUCCCUGGGAGUGCGAGCUCAAUCCGUGGCUUAUACACUAUAAGAAUAGCAUUGCUGCUAUAUUCUGGGACAUCACUGCUAGCGUCGAAAUAAUGAUGAUGAAUCUUGACCACAGUGUCGUUAUCCUUGGUACGCCAGACAGAGCCCAACCCGCGACAUGGCCCUUUGUCACACACCUGUACAUAAAUGCGAUCAUGGUCAAUGGCGAGUACUUGGAUAACUGGCCCAUCAUGGUCAUCAACUUGAACGGUGUUUGUUGUGGCGACGUCUUUGUCGGGAUAUACGAUACCUUCCAGCAGUAUGUCACCGGAGAAGAGUACGAUAGCUGGCCUGCAGAAGUGCAGGCGGCGGCUGAAAGCACGCAUCGAAUCCGACGUGAUAAGGAUCUCGAACACAAUGAGGAAACGGCUCUGCGCCGAUGUGACUAUUUUGGGCGCCAUCACUUUUUCAAUGGACUGGAGCUUAAUCCCAACAGGCAGGGAUGGAUCUUACACUUGGUACAGUCCCGUUUUGAUACAAUGUAGGCUGUUCCAAUUCUUCAAGUUGUAUGUUUGGUAUUACGAUGCUGUUAUUUCUGUCCUCAAUAACUAUCAAUAGUCGUCGUUACUUAUGCUCGGUAUAGUGGAAGUCCUUUGUUCUUAUU